AUGGCAUUCAAUCCUUUUUUAAAUCGUGCUACCGACUUCACCGGCCGAUUACCGUUCAUGACUCCCGGCCUAUUACCUCCCGGAUUUUUUCCAUCACUACCGCCGUCAGCAGCAGCUACAGCUGGUGAUAUGGCUACCCUUGCUGCAGCAGCAGCUCAACGUCAAGUUCAGCCUCCAGAAGAUGAUGGAGUAAUAGAUGAUCCAAAAGUAGAGCUUGAUGAUCAAGAGCUAUGGACGCGAUUCAAUGAAUGCGGUACAGAAAUGGUCAUAACUAAAUCAGGAAGACGGAUAUUCCCAGCUUUUCGAGUAAAAAUUAGUGGAUUAGACAAGAAAAGCAAGUACUUCCUUCUAAUGGACUUAGUUCCAGCAGAUGAGUGUCGGUAUAAGUUUAAUAAUAGCCGAUGGAUGGUAGCUGGUAAAGCUGAUCCUGAAAUGCCUAAACGGCUAUAUGUACAUCCUGAUUCACCAGCAACCGGAGAGCAUUGGAUGGCUAAAGGAGCCAAUUUUCAUAAGCUCAAGCUAACAAAUAACAUUUCGGACAAGCAUGGCUACACAAUUCUUAACUCCAUGCACAAGUAUCAGCCACGGCUUCAUGUUGUUCGAUGCAAUGAACUUAUCCAAUUACCUUUCUCUACAUUCCGCACUUUCGUCUUCAAGGAGACAGAAUUCAUUGCUGUCACAGCUUAUCAAAAUGAAAAGGUUACGCAGCUCAAGAUAGAUCACAAUCCAUUUGCUAAAGGUUUCCGAGAAUCUGGUGCCGGAAAAAGAGAAAAGAAACGCUUAAUGCAGCAGCGAGCUGAACAAUGCUCACCAGCAGCUAGUCGAACAUCAAAUCACACAGAUAGUGAACAAGAUGAGGAAGAACCAAGCAUCAAGAAAGUUCGACCUGAAGAUUCAUCUCUCAGCUCUGUGCUGACAUCUAGUCCAACGUUAUCGAGUCCACUGUUAGCAGCAACAUCGGCUGUCGUGACGGCAUCUGGCACUAUCAGUCCAACAUCCUGUUCAUCAACGACAACGAACUCGACAACGCCUACGCCAACGACACCGACGACUAGCUCAGCCGCUUCAUCUGGAAGCAGUCCAGCAGUCGUAACAACAACACCCGGUGCUGCAGCAGUAGCUGCAAUGGGAAGACCGCCGCUCUUUCCGUUUCCUUUCUUUCAACCCGAAAUGUACACAGCUGAUUUAUUAACUCAAUGGCAAGCAAUGUUCCGACCGCAGAUGAUACCUCAAUUACCUGUCUCACUAGUACCGUCAAAUACUCGUAAAGGCGGUUUUGACGUUUGCGAUCUCUUGUCUAAGCCAUAA